AUGAAUAAAUAAAAUGAACCGGAAACAGAUGGAGAAGAAGUUUAAGUUUGUUGUGAUUCCGGAUAAAACGUCCCGCUGGGGGAGCAUUUCUCCACCUGUAUAACCACUAAACGGUGUCGGGCGGCGAAAAACAGCAGCAUGUCGGUUCACUUUGAGGAGAGGAGCGGGGUCGUCCCCUGUAAGACAUCGUGGGGGUCUUGGUACCAGACCAUGGAGGAGGUCUUCAUCGAAGUCCAUGUGCCUCCCGGAACUUCUGCUAAAGAGGUGAAGUGCCGCUUAGGAAGCAGGGAUAUCGAGCUGCAGGUCAGAGGGAAGGAGGUAUUCAAGGGAAGGUUGUUUGACACGACCGUGUCUGACGAGGCUACGUGGACGUUGGAGGACAAAUGUCUCAUUCGGAUCGUCCUGAUGAAGACAAACAGAGAAGCGGGGAACUGCUGGUCCUCGCUGCUGGAGGGCGAGUACUGUGCAAAUGCCUGGGUCCAGGACCAGAUGCAGAGAAAGCUCACGCUAGAGAGGUUCCAGAGAGAGAAUCCUGGAUUUGACUUCAGCGGAGCAGAGAUUUCUGGGAAUUUUGCUGGCGGAGGUCCGGAUUUUUCCAGUUUACAGAAGUGACCCUCCACACGUGCAGACCUGGAUGUACAUUUUUCCCUGUGAGAACUGAGGAAACUGGUUCCAGACAGACAUAUUUACGACGAGGCGAGGACAUCAUGAAGACACUCUUCGCAGCAGCCUCUUCUUCUAUGGUUUCAGAUAAAGGACUUUUUUUAAAGCCUUGUUUGGCAAGCUGUGUUACUCAAUAUACAAGAGAAAGAAGAGACUACUUGUAAUAACAUUGUGGCCUUUUAAUAAUGAGAAUACACACAAGUGUCUCUUUUCAAUAUGUUUUUAUUGAAAAGUGCCCAAACAUAAGUUCAGAUGGUGCAUUUCUUUGUGUUGAACUCUAGAACACGUUUUAUUUCUCCUCACUAAUAAAUUGUACUACACUGGGAAACUGGUAAAGACAAAACCCAACCUA